ACCAAAAAACAAACAUCCACUAUGGCUGUUGGGCCAGGCAAAUUUAAAAAGAAUCUGAUUUAGCAAAUUGGCACAUGCAUAUCUGCUAUGGUAGCGUCCAAUAUGGCGGUUGAAGCGAAGCUUAAGCACCUAUUUAAAUGGAUGAUACCCUCCCUCAUUCGGUACCUCUGAAAUCGUUAACUUGCUUGCUGUGUUUAACAAGAUGAGGGCUUUAACUAUUUUCAUUAUUCUCAUUUCAGUAGCGGCGAGCGGAGUUGCACAUUUGCAUGGUGAAAGAGUAUCUCCGAGCUUAACGUACUGGCAGGAGAAGCUACCCACAACACCCAUUCCACAACUUGUGCGGGAACUCAUCUCACCUGAUGAUGAUGAUGAUGGGAAAAUAGCGUUGAAUGUGGUCGACGGAGGGAUGAAAGUGGACGCGGGGAUGCGUCCAAGAAAAGUUGGGACACAAGGCGUUGCGCCGGUGCCUUUGAAACGUUGCGACGUAGCAAAACUUUAUGCUCCAACUACGCAAAUGCCGAUGGAUGCAUCGUCGUGCACGUUUCUGCUGGAGAAAGAUUUGGUGAGCGGAACCAAAGUUUCUCUCACCUUCUUGCGAGAAAGGGAGAGACAUUUUCUUCCACGCUCCGUGGCAGACCAAAUCCCUUUCUACUCCGACAAGCUUCCCCUGGCGUUGAAGGAGCUCAACAUAGCGCCAGAUUCCGUCAUGGCUCUGGCUAUGAAGGAGACUUUGCAAGCCUGCGAAAGACCUGCUGAGGAGGGCGAAAACAAGUUCUGCGCAACAUCGUUGGAGUCCCUGGUUGACUUGAGUACGUCGAAGUUGGGUAGCAAUCGCUUAAAUGUGCUGGCCACGAAUGUUUCAAAGAUCAUGUCAAAAUCUGUGAGGCAGGAGUAUACCAUUGUGGGAGUAAAAGACGUGGGCGCAGCAGAGAAGGACGUGUAUUACUGCCACAGUAAACAAUAUGCUUAUGCUGUGUACUACUGCCAUAAGGCGGCAUGUACUUUGGAAGCAGGCAGGAGGAUCGCAAGAGUUUGGGUGAAGGGAGAAGAAGAUGGUAGGACGUUGGAGGCGGUGGCUGUGUGUCACAAGGACACCAGCGCCUGGAUUCCCAACAACAUCCCAUUCAAGGCGCUGAAUGUGAAGCCUGGUACCCCCUCUAUCUGCAUUUUCGUUCCCCAAGGAGACCACCUGUGGCAGACAUCCGACUGAUCAGAUCCGCUUCCUUGCUUUCUCUCGUAUAAAUAAUUUGCAGCAUAGGGAGUAGCAGGAAAUGCUUAUAUAUGUAGUUUGUUUGUGUGAGGAGCACUAGCUCUCUUUCGGUCAGGAGUAGCACUAGCUCUCUUUGUGUGAGGAGCACUAGCUUAUUAGUUCCUAUAAAAAUUAUGUAUUUAAGUAUAUGUUAUUUCUUUUUUAAACUUUA